UUAUCUCUGUUCAAUCACUGCAAUCUCUCACUCUCUAAAACUCAUGGGGAAGAUCAAGAUCGGAAUCAACGGAUUUGGAAGGAUUGGGCGUUUGGUGGCUAGGGUUGUUCUUCAGAGAGACGAUGUUGAACUCGUCGCUGUUAACGAUCCAUUCAUCACCACCGACUACAUGACCUACAUGUUCAAGUAUGAUACAGUUCACGGUCAGUGGAAGCAUCAUGAACUCAAGGUCAAGGACUCGAAGACCCUUCUCUUUGGCGAGAAGCCCGUCACUGUCUUUGGUGUCAGGAACCCGGAGGAGAUCCCUUGGGCCGAGACUGGAGCUGAGUUCAUUGUGGAGUCCACUGGAGUUUUCACUGACAAGGAUAAGGCUGCUGCUCACUUGAAGGGAGGUGCAAAGAAGGUCAUCAUCUCAGCCCCUAGCAAGGAUGCUCCCAUGUUUGUUGUUGGUGUCAAUGAGAAGGAAUACAAGCCUGAGUUUAACAUCAUUUCCAACGCUAGCUGCACCACCAACUGCCUUGCUCCCCUUGCAAAGGUUAUUAAUGAUAGAUUUGGCAUUGUUGAGGGUCUAAUGACCACUGUUCACUCCAUCACUGCUACUCAGAAAACUGUUGAUGGGCCAUCUAGCAAGGACUGGAGAGGUGGAAGAGCUGCUUCAUUCAACAUCAUUCCUAGCAGUACAGGAGCUGCUAAGGCUGUUGGUAAAGUGUUGCCCGCUCUGAAUGGGAAAUUGACUGGAAUGGCUUUCCGUGUUCCUACUGUCGAUGUCUCUGUGGUUGACCUUACUGUGAGGCUGGAGAAGGCAGCUACUUAUGAUGAAAUUAAAGCUGCCAUCAAGGAGGAGUCUGAGGGGAAAUUGAAAGGAAUCCUGGGUUACACAGAUGAGGAUGUGGUCUCCACCGACUUUAUUGGUGACACCAGGUCAAGUAUUUUUGAUGCAAAGGCUGGAAUUGCUUUGAAUGAUCGCUUUGUUAAGCUUGUUUCGUGGUAUGACAACGAGUGGGGUUACAGCACACGUGUGGUUGACUUGAUUGUUCAUGUUGCAAAAUGUUCCAAGUGAGAUGGCAAGACUUGCGAAUAUGAACUGUGUGCUUAGUGUUUCCUGCGUAGCGGCUACUUACUCACUGUUGUGUCCAUGACGGCGAGAGAAUAAAACGGGUUUUCCAUAAGUAUUUGGUGUUUCACCAAAGGCUUAUCUCUAGAUUUUGUAGGUUCAAUGUAAUGGAGUUUUUGAGUUUUUCUCUUUGGAGUAACUUGUGUUUGUUAUAUUACAGUGUUUUGCUUUAUUACACUAUCAAGUAAGAUUCGUAUGAAGCUUUGCCGCUCUCUUUUUUCGUUCA